AUGGACACCAGCACAGCCGCCCAACUCGGCGUCCUCGGCUUCGCAGCCAUAAUGAUCUUGGCCUGGCUCGCAUCAAAGGCCGCAGAGGUGUCAUACGAGGCCGAGCAACUGGUACGAGAGCCACUGCUCACUCGAUAUGACACCGAAGAUGAUCCCGAUGAUCACGAUACGAAGGUCAUGCGGAGGGAUGGACAUAUGGCAUAG